GUGGGUCGCCCGGUCAGCGGGAGCAGUGACGAGCCCGGAAGCGCCGGCGCGCGCCCCCUCCGCCCCAGAACUAGUUUGGUUCGGUGUCCUCCGAACGCCAGCCAUUCGGAGAGGACCCCUCCCGCUCCCUCCCGCACCCGCCCGCAGGCCCGCACCGCCGCGAUGUCUAGCAACAGUUUCGCCUACAACGAGCAGUCGGGAGGAGGGGAGGCGGCGGAGCUCGGGCAGGAGGCCACCUCGACCAUCUCUUCCUCGGGCGCCUUCGGCCUCUUCAGCAGCGAUUGGAAGAAGAAUGAAGACCUGAAGCAGAUGCUGGAGAGCAACAAAGAUUCUGCCAAGCUAGAUGCUAUGAAGCGAAUCGUUGGGAUGAUUGCCAAGGGGAAAAAUGCCUCGGAACUCUUCCCUGCUGUUGUGAAGAACGUGGCCAGUAAGAACAUCGAGAUCAAGAAGUUGGUGUAUGUUUACCUUGUCCGAUACGCUGAGGAACAGCAGGACCUGGCUCUCCUGUCCAUAAGCACUUUCCAGCGAGCUUUGAAGGACCCGAAUCAACUAAUCCGUGCAAGUGCCUUGAGAGUUUUGUCGAGUAUUAGAGUGCCAAUUAUCGUGCCUGUCAUGCUGCUGGCUAUUAAGGAGGCUUCGGCUGACUUGUCGCCGUACGUUAGGAAGAAUGCAGCCCAUGCUAUUCAGAAGCUGUACAGUCUUGAUCCAGAGCAGAAGGAAAUGUUAAUUGAAGUCAUCGAGAAGCUCCUGAAAGAUAAGAGCACGCUGGUGGCUGGCAGUGUGGUGAUGGCGUUUGAAGAAGUGUGCCCAGAUAGAAUCGAUCUGAUUCACAGGAAUUACCGCAAGCUUUGUAACCUGCUGGUUGACGUUGAAGAGUGGGGGCAGGUGGUCAUAAUCCAUAUGCUAACAAGAUACGCUCGGACCCAGUUUGUCAGUCCUUGGAGAGAGGAUGAUGGUCUGGAAGACAAUGAAAAGAACUUCUAUGAGUCUGAUGAGGAGGAGAAGGAGAAGAGCAGCAGGAAGAAGUCAUACGCCAUGGACCCAGACCACAGACUCCUAAUUAGGAACACCAAGCCAUUGCUUCAGAGCAGGAAUGCAGCGGUGGUUAUGGCUGUCGCUCAGCUGUAUUGGCACAUCUCACCCAAGUCGGAGGCUGGUGUCAUUUCUAAAUCACUGGUGCGCUUACUUCGCAGCAAUAGGGAGGUGCAGUAUAUUGUAUUGCAAAAUAUUGCAACUAUGUCAAUUGAGAGAAAGGGUAUGUUUGAACCUUAUCUGAAGAGUUUCUAUGUCAGAUCCACUGAUCCAACUAUGAUCAAAACACUGAAGCUUGAAAUUUUGACAAACUUGGCAAAUGAAGCCAACAUAUCAACGCUUCUUCGAGAAUUUCAGACCUACGUGAGAAGCCAGGACAAACAGUUUGCAGCAGCCACUAUUCAGACCAUAGGCAGAUGUGCAACCAGCAUUACUGAGGUCACCGACACAUGCCUCAACGGCCUGGUCUGCCUGCUGUCCAACAGGGAUGAAAUAGUUGUUGCUGAAAGUGUGGUUGUUAUAAAGAAAUUGCUGCAAAUGCAGCCUGCACAGCAUGGUGAAAUUAUUAAACAUAUGGCCAAGCUCCUGGACAGUAUCACCGUUCCUGUGGCUAGAGCAAGCAUCCUUUGGCUAAUUGGAGAAAACUGUGAACGAGUUCCUAAAAUUGCUCCUGAUGUUUUGAGGAAAAUGGCUAAAAGUUUCACUAGUGAAGAUGAUCUCGUGAAACUGCAGAUUUUAAAUCUUGGAGCAAAAUUAUAUUUAACUAAUUCCAAACAGACAAAAUUGCUUACCCAGUACAUAUUAAAUCUCGGCAAGUAUGAUCAAAACUACGACAUCAGAGACCGCACAAGAUUUAUUAGGCAGCUUAUUGUUCCGAACGAGAAGAGUGGAGCUUUAAGUAAAUAUGCCAAAAAAAUCUUCCUAGCACAGAAGCCUGCACCACUGCUAGAGUCUCCCUUUAAAGAUAGGGAUCGUUUCCAGCUUGGCACCUUAUCUCAUACUCUCAACAUUAAAGCAUCCGGGUACCUGGAAUUAUCUAAUUGGCCAGAGGUGGCGCCUGAUCCAUCGGUUCGCAAUGUAGAAGUAAUAGAGUCAGCAAAAGAAUGGACCCCACUUGGGAAAACAAAGAAAGAAAAACCCGUGAAGAAAUUUUAUUCUGAAUCUGAGGGGGAGGAGGAGGAGGAAGAAGAAGAAGAAGAAAUGGAAGAUGAGGAUGAGGAUGAGGACCCCUCUGAUAGCAGAAGUGACAGUGAGAGCGGGUCUGGAAGUGAGAGUGGAGACACGGGCACCAGCAGCGAGGACAGCAGUGAGGACUCCUCCAGUGGACAAGACAGCGAGACCGGAAGCCUUGCAGAAGCCGAACGCCAGAAAGUGGCCAAGAGAAACUCCAAAACCAGGAGGAAAAGUGAUUCAGAAGAUAGGGAGAAGAAAAAUGAACAAUCUAAAGCUUCCGAAUCGUCCAGUGAGGAGUCCAGUUCCAUAGAGGAAAGUUCUUCCGAGUCAGAGUCAGAGUCAGGCUCUGACAGUGAACCUGCACCCAGAAACGUGGCUAAGGCAAAAGAAAGAAAACCCCAGCAAGAAAGACAUCCUCCCUCCAAAGAUGUUUUCCUUCUAGAUCUGGAUGACUUUAACCCAGUACCCACCCCAGUUGCCCUUCCUACACCAGCCCUUUCUCCAAGCUUGAGAGCUGAUCUUGAAGGUCUAAAUUUGUCAACUUCUUCUUCAGUCAUCAACGUCAGUACACCCGUCUUCGUGCCAACAAAAACACAUGAGCUGCUUCACCGAAUGCGUGGGAAAGGACUGGCCGCCCACUACUGCUUCCCAAGACAGCCCUGCAUCUUCAGUGACAAGAUGGUCUCUGUACAGAUCACCCUGACUAAUACUUCUGAUCGAAAAAUAGAAAACAUCCACAUAGGGGAGAAACGGCUUCCUGUGGGCAUGCAGAUGCAUGCCUUUCAUCCAAUAGACUCUCUGGAGCCUGAGGGGUCUGUUACAGUCUCAGUGGGUAUUGACUUCUGUGAUUCUACGCAGACAGCCAGUUUCCAGUUGUGCACCAAGGACGAUUGCUUCAGUGUCACCCUCCAGCCACCUGUCGGGGAGCUGCUUUCACCUGUGGCCAUGUCAGAGAAGGACUUUAAGAAGGAGCAAGCCUGCCUCUGCUUUACAUCUAUCUGCUCAGCCAAUCAAGGGAUGCUCGCCGGAAUGAAUGAGACUUCGGCUACACUCAUCACUGCUCCGCAGAACUCCACUCCCUCCAUGAUCCUCCAGAAGGUUGUAAAUGUUGCCAACCUCGGUGCUGUGCCUUCCAGCCAAGAUAACAUACACAGAUUUGCAGCCAGAACUGUGCACAGUGGGUCGCUGAUGCUAGUCACAGUGGAGCUGAAGGAAGGCUCCACGGCCCAGCUUAUCAUCAACACCGAGAAAACCGUGAUUGGCUCUGUUCUGCUGCGGGAGCUGAAGCCUGUCCUGUCCCAGGGGUAACCUGCUUACAUCUGGACUUGAGAAUCUGGCACACAACAAAGUGCCUGGCACCCACUGCUGCUGCCUUUCAUUUAUAAUAAUAGCCCUUCCAUCUGGCAGCGGGAAGAGCACACUCUGGACAUUCUUGUCUCUGCUUUAGAAUGCUGCUGUGUCUGUCAUGUGUGCACUCCUCUCCAUCCUCGCUUUGCUAACCAAAGAACAUAUAUUUUACUGUCCAUUUCCUCCGCUCCCCGGCCUGUGUGGCACCUCAGAAAAUCCCUUUCUUUGAAUUUCCUGGUAUUGUAAUUGGUUAUUGGCAAUUGUCAUGAAAUUUCCCCUGAGUAAUAAGGUAAAUAAACGAGCAUAUGAAUAGCCUUUGCCUCCCCUCAUCCUUACCGGCUGAACUUUCUUUGUUCCAAAGUAUUUUUGCUCACCCUGUGGAGAAUCACAGGGCACAGUUGACGAAAGAGA